GAAUGCACACACAGACUUCUAUAUAUAUAUAUAUGUAUACAGCUCAGUGUCAUUAGCACUCUCUCCCACAUCUUCAUAUAUAUAUAUAUAUAUAUACAUAUAUAUAUAUGUUCCUCUUUUGAUACUUCGAGCCACAUUGUAAUAUCUUCACGGGGAGAGAGAGAGAGAGAGAUGGAAAACGGUGACAAGGUUGUGGAGACAGUAAUAGUUGGGAACUACGUGGAGAUGGAGACAGAAGGGAAAUCUGAGGGCAUGAAAUCUAAGCUGUCUAAGCUGUUUUGGCACGGCGGCUCCGCCUAUGAUGCUUGGUUCAGUUGUACUUCUAAUCAGGUGGCGCAAGUGUUGUUGACACUGCCGUACUCGUUUUCACAGCUGGGGAUGCUCUCGGGGAUCCUCUUUCAGCUCUUCUAUGGCCUCUUGGGCAGCUGGACUGCUUAUCUCAUCAGCAUUCUCUACGUCGAAUACAGAACCCGGAAAGAGAGAGAGAAAGUCGAUUUCAGAAACCAUGUCAUCCAGUGGUUCGAGGUUCUUGAUGGGUUGCUCGGGAAGCACUGGAGGAAUGUGGGUUUGGCAUUCAACUGCACCUUCCUCAUGUUCGGAUCUGUCAUACAGCUCAUAGCCUGUGCAAGCAAUAUAUAUUACAUAAAUGACAAUUUGGACAAGAGGACGUGGACAUACAUAUUCGGGGCGUGCUGCGCAACCACGGUGUUCAUCCCUUCGUUCCACAACUACAGAAUUUGGUCGUUUGUUGGGCUGAUAAUGACCACUUACACUGCUUGGUACCUCACCAUUGCCUCGCUCUUGCAUGGCCAGGUGGAGGGAGUGAAGCAUUCGGGUCCAAGCAAGCUGGUGCUGUACUUCACCGGGGCCACAAACAUUCUUUAUACGUUUGGGGGACAUGCUGUCACUGUGGAGAUCAUGCAUGCGAUGUGGAAGCCGCAGAAGUUCAAGGCGAUAUAUCUGAUGGCGACAGUGUACGUAUUGACGCUGACACUUCCAUCGGCGUCGGCUGUGUAUUGGGCAUUCGGCGAUUUACUUCUGAACCACUCCAACGCCUUCUCUCUCCUCCCGAAGAACCCCUUCAGGGACAUGGCCGUCAUCCUCAUGCUCAUCCACCAGUUCAUAACGUUUGGAUACGCAUGCACGCCAUUGUACUUCGUGUGGGAGAAGCUGAUAGGAAUGCACGAGUGCCGGAGCCUAUGCAAGAGAGCAGCGGCCAGGCUGCCGGUCGUAAUACCCAUAUGGUUCUUAGCCAUCAUCUUCCCUUUCUUCGGCCCCAUUAACUCCACCGUCGGGUCUCUCCUCGUCAGCUUCACCGUCUACAUCAUCCCCGCCCUCGCCCACAUCUUCACCUUCCGCUCCUCUUCUUCUCGUGAGAACGCGGUGGAGCAACCGCCGAGAUUGGUGGGAAGGUGGGUGGGGUCGUUCACGAUCAAUGCCUUUGUGGUGGUGUGGGUGUUGGUGGUGGGGUUCGGGUUCGGGGGCUGGGCCAGCAUGAUCAAUUUCGUUCACCAGAUCGACACCUUCGGUCUCUUCACCAAAUGCUACCAAUGCCCUCCUCCUCUUCCUCCUACUCCGCCCCACUUCAACCACACCCGUUCUCUUUGAUCCGCCUCGGCCUGUUAUCCACUUGUCGCCUCCACCACAACUUCUAAUCUGUCUUCAGGGGUGAGUUGACAGUUCAUCCUGUUCUCCCCACCUAGUCGUCUUUGGUUUGUCUAUUUGGAAUAGAGCUGGAAUUGAGAGAAGAAAACAAGAACUGCAUCACAAGCGUGUGUUUUGCUAGCUGUAUCACAUUGUUUUCCCCAAGAAAAAAUCUUUGUAGAAAAAAAAUCGAUUUAUUGGAGUUAUUUGAAACGGGUUUAUCCUUCAUCCAUCUAAAUAUGAAGGAGGUUUACAGAUGAA